AUUUAUUUAGCAUCCUACCAAAGAGGGGUUCGAAUUGACCCUUUCCGUUUACACACAAUUCAGUUUCUGCUUGGCUCUUUGAAGUGAACGUUCAUUAUCCUUAUUUUUCUUAACGUCUCUCGUCCCUUAUUUGCUUAUUUAGAGAAAAAAAAAAGCAUUAAAAAUUAAAAAUGUCUCAGGAGACAUUUUUAACUCCCGGUCAAUUAAUAAAACCGUUGAUAAAUCAAGAAACUGCCAUUAAAAUUGUUGAGAAAGUUUAUGGACUAAAAGUGAGGGAAAUCAACGAACUCAAUGCAUACGAUGACAAGAAUUAUCAUAUUUUGUGUGAACCUGGAGAACAUAAUCAUCAUUUGGAAAAAAUUUGCGAAGAAGGAUAUGUACUGAAAAUUGUCAAUUCAUUGGAUUCGAAAAAACACAAUGUCAUUGAGGGACAAACACAAAUGAUGAUAUUUCUCAAUGAAAACGGAAUUUGUUGCCCGAUGCCAGUGAAAUGUAUCAAUGGAUCUUAUUUCUCUUUGGAAAAUCUACAAGCAAAUAGUGAUGAAACGAAUAUUGUUCGAUUAAUGAUUUACAGACCGGGAAAAUUAUUAAUAAACGCAACGAAAAAAACACCGGAACUAAUGUUUGAAGUGGGUAAAUUUGUCGCUAAACUGAGUAAUAAAUUACAAGAAUUUUCUCACAGUGGUUAUGAGAAUCAUCAAACAAUUUGGAUGCUGAAUAGUGUACCAAAAAUAAGGGAAUUUUUCGAUGUUUUAGAUGAAGAGAAUAGAAAAAUUGUCAAUGAUGUUGUCAUUGAAUUUGAGGAGAAAGUGAUGAAUUGUUUAGAGUGUUUUGAUAAAGGUUACAUUCACGGUGAUCUUAAUGAACAAAAUAUUGUCAUGAGUGACGAUGAGAGGACAAUAAGUGCUAUUAUUGAUUUUGGUGAUUCAUCGAAGAAUUAUUUGAUUUUCGAUUUGACGAUUUUAUUGACGUAUAUGAUGUUACAAACGGAGGAUAUUGAAUCGGGUAAAUUUGUUAUUCAAGGCUAUGAGACUGUUCGAUUGCUUAGUGAAAAGGAAAAGUCAAUUAUUAAAAUUUGUGUCUGUGCUCGAUUGUGUCAGAGUUUAGUACUUGGACUUUAUUCACACAAAAAUGAUCCAAAUAAUGAUUAUUUAUUGUCGACACAAAAAUCCGGUUGGAAAAUACUCAAGGAACUUUGGUUUAAGAGUGACGAGGAAAUUUCCCGUAUUUGGAAUAUUAACUGAUUUUUUUUUAUUGUGAAUUUUGUUAUUGUAUCUCUGGAUAGUAAUUUUAAUACCGACGUAAUUUUAAAACGAAAAUAGUGAUUUAAAAAAAUUUUUUUUUUGAUAACGAAAGAAAAAUGUUUUCGAGGUUUAUUUGUUCGUUUACCUCAUCGCAAUUAUUUAUAAUUAAAUUGGCAGAGAGUUGAAACAAUAUUUAAAUUGAAUUAAAAGGAUGAGGUAAUUGUUUACAAUUAAUAACGAAUUUGUCAAUAAUAGAAUCUGUAGGACAAAAGUAAUUGAUAUUUUACUGGAUGGAAAAUAAUUGUUAAUUAAGGUCAAUUAAUAAUCGUGCCAAUAGUUAUUAAUAAAAUUUUAGGUCAAAUUGUCACUAAUAGGUAAAAAUGUCACUAAUAGAAAUUUAGGUGAAAUUUAGAAAAA